AUGCCGUCGGCGUUUGCGGCUGCCGCCACGGUUUUGGUGGCCGGUGUUCUGAUGAGGAGGCGGACGUCCUUCAGGACAACAGAAGCCAGCCAAGCUUCCAGAGGGUGGCGCACCGCGCUCCUCGCCGCGCGCCGAGGGCGCAAGGGUCGGUCUUCCAACAGAAGAACUGUUGAGUCCGAACCAACAGCCGCGAGACAGAAAACAAGGAAGCCUUCUCCGAAGCCGAAGGCGAGCUCAGAGGCGAAGCUGGCCAGCUACAUGACCGCGGGGAUGGCCAAAAAGAAGCCGGCCAGCAAACCGGUGGAGUCGCCAGUUUCAGAUGCCGGCUUGCCCCUGGCCAUUCCUUUUCUUCCCGUGCCGCAGUUCAGGAGGUUUGCGGCGAAUGCCCCCGGCGAUGCGGGCUUCGAUCCCCUGAAUCUGGCACGCGACUUGAAGGGCUUCAACAACCUGCGGGAGGCCGAGUUGAAGCACGCCCGCCUGGCGAUGCUGGCUGCUGUGGGCUGGCCACUGGCCGAGAUGCUGCAGCCUCCAUUGGCGAAGCUGACGGAGCAGCCAUCACUUCUGGCACCCAACAGCCGAGCGCCCUCCUUCCUGAACGGCGGUUUCGGAGAGCCCCAGCUGAUCUUGUUUCUAGGAAUUCUUUUCGUUUUCACUGGCAUCCUGGACGUCUCCAAGCCCGACGGGCCUCCCGGAGACAACAAGUUCGACCCUCUAGGCCUCAGAGAAGUGCGACCGCCGGUCAUCGCAGGCUUCAUUCCAGCCAACAGGCUUUGGAUGGAUGAAGCGGAGCUCAAGAAUGGUCGGCUGGCCAUGAUUGCCAUCACGGGGUUCGUGGCCUACGAGUACAUCCAGGAUGUGCCCGUGGUGCAGCCCAUGAGCCCCGAUGCUCUGGACUUUCUGAUGCCGCUGAUGGGGGCCUCCUCCGAGGGCUCUUGA